AUGUCUCGGUCGAACGCUCCCAAUGCGUCGGCUUCGCGCAAGAUCUCCUUCAAUGUCAGCGAGCAGUAUGAUAUCCAGGACGUAGUCGGUGAAGGAGCCUACGGUGUCGUUUGCUCUGCCAUUCACAAGCCGUCAGGACAAAAGGUUGCCAUCAAGAAGAUUACCCCCUUCGACCACUCCAUGUUCUGCCUGCGAACCCUGCGAGAGAUGAAGUUGCUGCGCUAUUUCAACCACGAAAACAUCAUCUCCAUCCUCGACAUCCAGAAGCCUCGAAGCUAUGAUAGCUUCAACGAGGUCUACCUCAUUCAGGAACUCAUGGAGACGGAUAUGCACAGAGUCAUCCGUACCCAAGAUCUAUCCGACGACCAUUGCCAGUACUUCAUUUACCAGACGCUGCGUGCUCUCAAGGCCAUGCACUCGGCCAAUGUUCUGCACCGAGAUCUCAAGCCCUCCAACCUGCUAUUAAAUGCCAACUGCGAUCUGAAAGUCUGCGAUUUUGGUCUGGCCAGAUCUGCCGCCUCUCAGGAGGACAACUCGGGUUUCAUGACGGAAUAUGUCGCUACGCGAUGGUAUCGUGCACCCGAGAUCAUGUUGACCUUUAAGGAGUAUACCAAGGCCAUUGAUGUUUGGUCCGUUGGCUGCAUCUUGGCUGAGAUGCUGAGCGGCAAGCCUCUGUUCCCUGGCAAAGAUUACCACCACCAGCUGACUCUGAUUCUGGAUGUGCUCGGCACACCCACCAUGGAGGACUACUACGGCAUCAAGUCUCGACGAGCACGAGAGUACAUCCGCUCGCUGCCUUUCAAGAAGAAGGUGCCAUUCCGCACCUUGUUCCCCAAGACGUCUGACCUGGCACUCGACCUCCUGGAGAAGCUGCUUGCAUUCAACCCCGUGAAGCGAAUCACGGUGGAGGAGGCCCUCAAGCACCCAUACCUCGAGCCCUACCACGACCCUGAGGACGAGCCCACUGCGCCUCCGAUCCCGGAGGAAUUUUUCGAUUUCGACAAGCACAAAGAUACCCUGAGCAAGGAGCAGCUGAAGCAGUUGAUUUACCAAGAGAUUAUGCGGUAA